CUCUACACUGCGUCCUGAAACGUAAACGGAACUGGAGGGUAUUUUGAAGAAAAGUCUCCGUCAGAUUGUUAGCAUAUGAUCCAUGUGAAUAUAUUCAAAAAUGUCUAUGUUUGAUUUCUAAACUAAUGCUUCAAACAUAGUGUUUAUUAUUACAGAUUUUCACAUGGAAGAAAGCCUUCAAAUCGCUAUUUCUGCAUUUGAAACACGGUUGAUGUUUUACCGUAUUAUCAAAAUAAUGUAAGCUAGAUAAUUUUAGCUUACCAUAUAACAGCAUAGUUAUUUUUUUUCUGUCAAACUAGAGUAUUUACUGCACCAGUACACUUCAUUUUUAUUGAUUUUUGAGGAAUAUAAAUCCCGAGAGGCAAUGGCCAGUGUGCAUGAAAGUUUGUAUUUCAACCCCAUGAUGACAAAUGGGGUUGUUCAUGCCAAUAUCUUCGGGAUAAAGGAUUGGGUCACUCCAUACAAGAUCGCAGUGUUAGCUUUACUGUAUGAGAUGUCCACAACCAAACCAAUGGCUCUUCUAGACAGAAGACGCUUGAACAAACUCAUCCUGCCCUUACAACAGGGUGCAGAUUUGACCCUGGAGCAGUUUGUGAAGAUAGUAGAGGAGUGUUGUCUUCGCAUGGUCAAUGCUGUUAAACUCAGGUUGUUUUUGAUGGCUGAUGGAGAGUUGCAGGACAUGGAGCACUUUUUCACUAUCCUGCCAAAUGCUUUCAGUGACUCUGAGGCAUUCAAAACUAGUGUUGUUGGUCUGUUCAUGCGUCAGAUGCUGCUGGCCUACAAUAAACUAUCAUUCAGUCAGGUAUAUAAGCUGUACAAGUCCCUGCAGCAGUACUGCCAUCGUGGAAAUCAGCCCGAGCUGUCCGCUCUGCCUGCCGAAGACAUGGAGCUGACGAACACUGAAGACCCCAGCGCCGACCGCAUAGACAAAGAUGAGCUGGACACAGUAUCUCUACACCAGUCCGAACUGAGAUCUGAUGAGACCCAAGGUCCUUUAUCUCAAAAACAAGCAGAAUACUUCCUUGCACGACAGGCGUACCUCCUUAAGAACGAUGAAAACAAGGCCAUGUCACCAGCUAAGUUACAGGACGAGCUCAACAACAUUCUCAAGUUUAAUCCUGACUUCGCUGAAGCUCAUUACCUCAGCUAUCUGAACAGUAUGCGAGUGCAGGACAUCUUCAUCUCCACUCACAGCCUCCUGCACUACUUUGACCGCCUCAUUCUUUCCGGUGGCGAGGGGAAGAGCAAUGGAGAUGAAGGCUAUGGCCGCAGUUUACGAUACGCUGUCCUGAAUCUGGCAACCUUGCACUGUCGUUUUGGACACUAUCAACAGGCUGAUUUGGCUCUACAGGAAGCUAUCCGCAUCGCACAGGAAGCAAAUGACCAUGUGUGUCUCCAGCACUGUCUGAGUUGGUUGUACACACUAGAACAGAUGAAAGGAUCUGAUAGUGUGGUACUAACUGAAGACUCUGUGAAAAUUGCAGCUCACUUUUGCCUCCCUUAUUUAGCUUCUCUGGGCAUUCAGUCCCUGGUCCAGCAGGGAGCGAAACAGGGCAUGCCGGCCAACAAGCUGCUGGACGCCCUGCGAGGAACCGACAUCAUGCACUGGAAGCAAAGCCUCUCUGAGCUGAUAGAAAUCAGCCUGGCACAGACCACCUCCAUAUGGAGGAUGUAUGGCAAAAGCACUAUGGCACGGCAGCAGGCUCAGCUCCUGUUGAAUAUGAACAGUCUGGAGCCGGUGAACUUCAGUGUGCAGCAGAACAACACUGAAGCCUUUGCCGUCGCCCUCUGCCAUCUGGCUGAACUCCAUGCUGAGCAGGGCCUUUAUGCUGUUGUGACGGACAUCAUGAAACACUUGAAGCAGCAGUUUCCUCCUCAUACCCAGCAUGCCAAGCUCUGGAUGCUAUGUGAUCUGAAAAUUCAGUUUGAGAAGGCUAUGAAUGAUGGGAAAUACCAUUUGGCUGAACCCCAUGUCACAGCUAUCUCUGCCUUAAACAGCACUGAGGGAUUGUACAGGAAAGCGCAGCUGCUGAAAGCUCUGAAUCAGACGUCUGAAGCCUCUAAGAUUCUACAGCAGCUGCAGCAGGAGUGUGAGAAGAGUAAGAACACAGAAAUGAUCAUCAGGGUGAUGCUGGCCUCUGCAGAACUUCACUGGGACUCGUCUGGGUUUGCGUCAGCUCUGCCGUUACUCUUACAGGCUCUUGCUCUGUCACGCCAACACAACCUCCAGAGCUUGACCUCAGAGACUGUGUUACACCUGGCAUUUACUCAGCUGAUGUUGGGGAUCCCUGAGCAGGCUCUUGCACUGGUGCAGGACGUGUUGGAGUCGGUUUUGGCUCAUGGUUCUCUGAUAGACAAGGGCAGAGCUCUGCUGCUGGCCGCUCGCUGUCAGAUGGCUUUAGCAGGAAGUGCUGCACAGGAACACAGACUGACUGCACUGGAACAAGCCGUACACACUUUAGAUGAAGCAGCUGUGUAUUUCUCUCGUCUUGACUGUAAAGAGCGUAUGAGAGACAUACAUUACCUACAGGCACGCUUGCAUCACACUCUCGGCAACGUCUCUCAACGCAACAAAUGCGCCAUGCUCUUCCGUCUGCUGGAUCAGGAGCUGCCGUCGUCUGGGAUGACUGUGGUCAAUCAUCUUUAGAAAACCUCAGCUGCGUGUGUUAAAGGGUUAGUUCACUCAAAAAUGAAAAUUCUGUCAUUAAUUACUCACCCACAUGUCACUCCAAAACCAUAAGACUUUCAUUCAUCUUUGGAACACAAAUAAAGAUUUUUUUUUUUUUAUAAAAUUUCAGUCCCUCCAUGGACAGCUACACAACUACCACUUUGAUGUUUCAAAAAGUUCAUAAAGAGAUUGUAAAACUAAUCCAUAUGAAUUGAGUGGUUUAGUCCAAAUUUUCAGAAGAGACUCGUUCGCUUUAUAUGACGAACAGCAAACAUGCUUGAGCUUCCGUUUACCUCAACUGAUGUGUGAAUUGAUGAAUGUUUAUUUGUGAAUAAAAGCCUAAAUUAAAUCUGUUCAUCAUAUAAAGCGAUUGAGUUUCUUCAGAAAAUUUGGACUAAACCACUCAAUUCAUAUGGAUUAGUUUUACAAUCUCUUUAUGAACUUUAUGAAGCAUCAAAGUGGUAGUUGCGUGGCUGUCAACGGAGGUACAGAAAUCUCUGAAUUUAUUAAAAAUAUCUUAAUUUGUGUUUUGAAGAUGAAAGUCUUACAGCUUUGGAACAUGAGGGUAAGUAAAUGAUGACAAUUUUCAUUUUUGGUUGAACUAACCCUUUAAUGAACAACACCAAACAUUGUGUCCUGUACCGUGUGCAUGCUGGAAAUAAAUUAUAUUUUGUAUGUAAAAAAA